AUGGCAUCCGCAAAGCCCCCCUUUACUCACGAAUCGGCCACCGGGAAGGUCAAGGCAGCCCAGGAUCUCUGGAACACCCGGAAUCCUGCCGUGAUCGCCAAGGCCUACACCCCUGACUCCAUCUGGCGCAACCGGGACUCCUUCCUGUCGGGAACCGAGGCCAUAGAGGCCUUCCUGGAAGCCAAAUGGGAUAAGGAGAAGUCCUACCGUCUGAGGAAGGAGCUCUUCUCCUUUACGGACAACCGCAUCGCCGUGCAGUUCUGGUACGAGUACCAGGACGCCCACGACGGGCUGAAGUGGAAGCGGUGCUACGGCCUCGAAGACUGGACCUUCAACCGGGAGGGCAAGAUGCGUAAGAGGAUGAUGUCUGGAAACGACAUCGUCCUCGGUCCCGAGGGGGACGGCACGGGCCGUUGGUUUGCGGACGGAGUUGACGUCGACGAAGUAGAGAUUACCGAAGCGCAUUGGUAG